GCGACUGCUUGUAAACUGCUUUUCAUUUUUAGCUUUCCAGACCGAGGUUUGAGCGUAGAGAGGGUUUCCUCAUAUAAACUUAUGGGGCAUUUUUUUCAACAUCAAGAGCGACUGUUCUCCCACGGAAGAGUCCUCCCAACAGAACUACGCCUGUUUGCCCUCUUGUAACUCUAUGAAGAGACCAUGGCAGAACAUGGAGCUCAUUUCACUGCCAUCUACCCAUAUGUGGACAGGCCUUCUAUAUUUGAAGUUGUUGCCCAAGACAGUUUGAUGACUGCUGUGAGACCAGCAUUUCAGCAUGUGAUCAAGGUAUUGGCUGAAUCCAAUCCUUCAUAUUAUGGUUUCCUAUGGCGCUGGUUUGACGAAAUCUACACCAUCCUGGAUCUUCUACUCCAGCAGCAUUACCUCUUCCGAUGCAGUGCUUCUUUUUCUGAAAAUUUCUAUGGCUUGAAGAGAGUUGCACUGAAAAGCAAAAGGAAUCAACAGAGAUCUUUGGCCACUGCUGGACUAUCCCAAAAGCAUCACUGGAAAUCUCUCUGUUUGUUGGUCCUCGUUCCAUACCUGAGAACUAAACUGGAAAAGUUGAUCUCCCGUCUCCAGGAAGAAGACGAUUAUUCUAUCCAUCCUCCGUCAUCCUGCUGGAAACGAUUUUAUAAGGCCUUCCUGGCUGCCUACCCCUUUGUGAACAUGGCUUGGGAGGGCUGGUUUCUGGUGCAGCAACUAUGUUACAUUCUGGGAAAGGCUCAACACCACUCCCCGCUGCUGAAACUGGCUGGUGUGUAUUUAGUCAGGCUGACAGCAGACGAUUUGCGGGCUUUGGAAAAUGUACAUAUAGCUGCUGGUGAUGUUCUACAGUCAUCAAACAGCAUGAAAGAGCAAAUGAAGUCCGCUGGGAAAAAAAUCCUAGGGGCCCUGGCUUUCUCCCUGUCCACUGGCCUCUCUGUGGGCAUCUUCUUCCUCCAGUUUUUGGAGUGGUGGUAUUCAGCUGAGAAUCAGGAGAACAUCAAAUCACUGACUGCUAUGCCAGUCCCACCACCACCUGUGCACCUGGACUAUGAGACUGAUUCACCUCUUUUGCCAAAGCUCAAGACAGUGUGUCCAUUGUGUCGUAAAAUUCGUGUCAACGAUACAGCCCUCUGCACUUCUGGCUUUGUUUUCUGCUAUCGCUGUGUCUACUCUUAUGUGAAGCAUCACCAGCGGUGCCCCAUCACUGGCUAUGCCACUGAACUUCAGCACCUUGUCAAACUAUACACACCUGAAAACUGAGAGGUCCAUCCUUUGAUCUUUAUAUAAAAACUGGAAUGCUACAUUGCAUAAUCGGGUGUUUUUUUCUGAUUAUACUAAGCAUAGUUUUUUGGUAAUAAAGGGGUUAGCUUUUAAGAGUGUGGUUACAGGUUAUACUGUCAACUGUUGUCUUUGAGCUGUCUCACCUAAUUGAUUUCCCCCCUAAUAUCUAUUACGUGAAAACAGAUUAGCUGAGAAAGAUUACUAGAUAGAAAAAGGCCCAACCUGCUUCUUAUCCAUAUGACUUGAGGCACAUUUCUAGGGGUAAAUAACUUUUCAUAGAAACAUUUGGUCAUUGGCUGGCCAGCUCAGAGCUACAGACCAAGUUGCAAACGGUUUAGAAAAAAAAAAUAGCUUUACUUUACAUGUAAGCAUAAAGUCAUGCAUUUAAUAAUGACUUUUAUUACAUCAUAAAUUAUUACUACAUUUGAAUUGGAAGAACCAUCAAGGCACUUCUAGGUUGAAAGGAUUAGCCAGUGACAUCACCAUUGCCCAUGAGGGUGGCCAAGGAGGCUCCUUUCAUGUCCCCGGUAUUUUCCCACCAAAGUGCUACCUAUUUAUCUACCUGUAUUUGUCUGCUUUUGAACUGCUAGGUGGGCAGGAGCUGGGACAAAUUGACAGGAGCUCAUUCCUUCAGGCAGCUGGCUCCUGGGUGUUGAACUGCUGAGCCAUCGACCUCUCAACGGUCUUCUGACUCAGCAUUCUAAUCACAUGAACCAUUGUGGCCUCCAUAAUACAUUGUAUGUUGAUAACUUUCAGCUGCACACUGCUGUAAGUGAUCAUAAAAAGACAGAAAAGCUUCUGAGGGCAACCUGAGCAGCUAAUCUUUAAACAUUUUUUGGCAGCAGCAAGGUAGCAGUUGUCAUCUAUAAAGUGUUCACAGCAAGGGGCUGGGUUAUUUACAAAACCUCGUCUUCCUUGUUUCCGUCCAUCCCACCAGGUCCAACUAGAGGAGAACACUUGGGGUCCUCUCAGUUGAAGAAGUGGGCCUACGUCCGCUGCGACCUAGGAAGAGUGCCUUUUCUGUCAUAGCACCUGCCCUCUGGAAAACCAUAUUCCUCAAUAUAUUAUAUUAGUCCUGAUGCUGCUGGUCUUUUGCAAAGCACUGAGACCUAGAUGUUCUCCAGAAUAUUGGGGUUGGAAAGGGUAGCCUAUGAAAUGAGAUGAGAUUGUAUUGUUCAGAGUUUAUUGGGUUUUUAGCAACCAUUGUAGGUUCUCCAUAUUUUCUUGAUAAUUGUUUUGUGUGUUGUUUUAGCCACCUAGAAUCACAGCUGCAAGCCAUGUAAGUCAAAUGAUACAUUCCUCAAAAUAGACGUACAAGAAACUGCUUAACAGAGAUUGUAUUUAGACAUCAUGAUAAAUAUUGACAUUUUAUUA